AUGCAGUUCGGAGCAUUGGAUAACGCUUACAACGCGUCACAUGAGCCCAUAAAGGGCUUCAACAGGCACCGACUGAACGGAGCGCACAAGUUCAACAGGGAUGAGCACUUCAUCUACCUGCGUCAGUACGAGCGUAGCAACGCUUCGGGCGGGCAGGGGUCGCCCCCAUUUUCGGGGGCCAACCGGAGCAUGCCCGCACAGCAGCAACUGCUUGCUGCCUCUAAACUGCGGAGGAACGCAGCGAUGAUCCCGCCCCCGAGCGACGCCCACGUCAGGCGUCGGAUUCGCAGGCUCAGCAUCGCUGCUGCGUGUGGAGCGACUCUGAUGUUCGCCGCGGCUACCUCCAUUGGCGUUUUGUGGUAG